CCGCGCAGCCAAUGGCGUGAGGCGGCGUGAGGCCGGGGGGCGGGGUCAAGGGUCAGCCCUCAGCCAAGAUGGCGGCGGCGCCGGGGAGGCGGCGCCCAGCACCGGUGCUGCUGCUCUGGGCCCUUCUCCUCGGGGCCGCGCUGGCCGUGGACCGCAGCAACUUCAAGACGUGCGAGCAGAGCGCCUUCUGCAGGCGGCAGCGCAGCCUCCAGCCCGGCCGCUCCCCGUACCGCGCCCUCCUCGAGUCGCUGCAGCUCGGGCCCGGCGCCGCCACGCUGCAGCUGGUCAAUGAGGCCACCAAGGUGCCGCUGCUGCUGGAGCUCUCGGGGCUGCGGGGGAACACGACGCGCAUCCGCAUCAGGGAGCUGCGCCCGCUGCGGCCCCGCUAUGAGGUGCCCGACGUGCUGCUGGGCGAGCCGCAGGCCGAGCCGCUGACGGUGACGGGGCGCGAGGAGGGCAGCCUGGAGCUGGCGCUGGGCCCCGGCGGGCACCGGCUGCUGCUGACAGAGAAACCGUUCCGCAUGGACCUGCUGCGGGGCCGCGAGCUGCUGGCCAGCGUCAACGCCCGCGGGCUGCUCGUCUUCGAGCACCUCCGUCCCCGCCGCGUCUCUGACACCCCCAAAGAGCCGGCGGCAGAGGAGGCGGCUGCUGAGGGGCAGGAGGGAGGCGCAGGGACGGAGCACGCCGACAGCCAGAGCGAGAAGCCCGCAGAGGCAGACGCGGAGGCCGCGGAGGAGCCGGGCUCGUGGGAAGAGACGUUCAAGACGCACACGGACUCCAAACCCAACGGACCCACGUCGGUCGGGCUGGACUUCUCCCUGCCCGGCUUCGAGCACGUCUACGGCAUCCCCGAGCACGCGGACAACCUGCGGCUGCGCACCACCGAGGGGGGCGACCCGUACCGCCUGUACAACCUGGACGUCUUCCAGUACGAGCUCUACAACCCCAUGGCGCUCUACGGCUCCGUCCCGCUGCUGCUGGCCCACAGCGCCCGCAGCACCCUCGGCGUUUUCUGGCUCAACGCCGCCGAAACCUGGGUGGACAUCAGCUCCAACACCGCCGGCAAGACGCUUUUCGGGAAGCUGCUGGACUACAUGCAGGGCGGCGGCGAGACGCCGCAGACCGACGUGCGCUGGAUGUCGGAGAGCGGCAUCAUCGACGUCUUCCUGCUGCUCGGCCCCACGCCCGCCGCCGUGGCGGGGCAGUAUGCCGCCCUCACCGGCACCCAGGCGCUGCCGCCGCUCUUCGCCCUGGGCUACCACCAGAGCCGCUGGAACUACAACGACGAGGAGGACGUGGCGGCGGUGGAGCGGGGCUUCGAGGAGCACGCCAUCCCCUGCGACGUGCUCUGGCUCGACAUCGAGCACGCCGACGGCAAGCGCUACUUCACCUGGGACCCCAGCAAGUUCCCCCAGCCCCGCGCCAUGCUCGAGCGCCUGGCCGCCAAGAAACGCAAGAUGGUGAGCAUCGUGGACCCGCACAUCAAGGUGGACAGCGCCUACCGCGUGCACAGCGAGCUGCGCGCCCGCGACUUCUACGUUAAGACCAAGGACGGCGGCGACUACGAGGGCUGGUGCUGGCCGGGCUCGGCGGCGUACCCUGACUUCACCAACCCCGAGAUGCGCGCCUGGUGGGCCUCCAUGUUCGCCUACGACCAGUACGAGGGCUCGACCGAGAACCUCUUCACCUGGAACGACAUGAACGAGCCGUCAGUAUUCAGCGGCCCCGAGGUGACGAUGCACAAGGACGCCGUGCACCACGGUGGCUGGGAGCACCGCGACCUCCACAACCUCUACGGCUUCUACGUGCAAAUGGCGACGGCCGAGGGGCAGAUCCAGCGCUCAGGCGGGCGGCAGCGCCCCUUCGUGCUGAGCCGAGCCUUCUUCGCCGGCUCCCAGCGCUACGGCGCCGUGUGGACGGGCGACAACGCGGCCGAGUGGGAGCACCUGAAGAUUUCCAUCCCCAUGUGCCUGAGCUUCGGGCUGGCCGGGCUCUCCUUCUGCGGCGCGGACGUGGGGGGCUUCUUCAAGAACCCGGACGCGGAGCUGCUGGUGCGCUGGUACCAGGCGGGCGCCUUCCAGCCCUUCUUCCGCGCCCACGCGCACCUGGACACGGUGCGGCGCGAGCCCUGGCUCUUCGGCGAGGAGAACGCGGCGCUGAUCCGCGGCGCCGUGCGCCAGCGCUACGCCCUGCUGCCCUUUUGGUACACCGCCUUCUACCGCUGCCACCGCCACGGGCUGCCCGUCAUGAGACCUCUCUGGAUGGAGUACCCCGAGGACACCACCACCUUUGCCAUGGACGACCAGUACUUAAUUGACAGGGCGCUGCUGGUGCACCCCGUGACGGAGCAGGGUGCCCGCGGCGUGCAGGUCUACCUGCCCGGCAAGGGAGAGGUGUGGUACGACGUCGCCUCCCACCAGAAGCACCACGCGCCCCAGAUGCUCUACGUGCCCGUGACCAUGAGCAGCAUCCCCGUAUACCAGCGCGGCGGCACCGUGGUGCCACGGCAGGACCGCGUACGGCGCUCCACCGAGUGCAUGAAGGGCGAUCCUUUCACCCUCUACGUGGCGCUGAGCCCCCAGGGCACAGCCGAAGGCGACCUCUUCCUGGACGACGGGCAGAGCUUUGACUACGCCACGGCAUCGCGCUACCUCCACCGCCGCUUCACCUUCGCCAGCAACACGCUGACGGCCAGUUCUGCGGACCCCCGGGGCAGCUUCGAGACCCCAGCGUGGGUGGAGCGCGUGGUGAUCCUCGGCGCGGGGAAGCCGGCGGCCGUUGUUCUCCGUCCUGCAAGCGGCCCCGAGACUCGCCUCGACUUCCAGCACGAGGCCGAGACCUCCGUCCUCACCGUGCGCAAGCCGGGGGUCCGCAUCGGCGCCGACUGGGCCAUCGUCCUGCGAUAAUGCAGGGGGGGGGCUGCUGUGAGAUGGGAGGGGGGUGCGGGGGGCCCCCCCUCCUCUGGGCCCCUCUCGCCCCCCCCCUCGCUGCCACCACAGGGGGGUUUGCCCCUGGUUGUUUUGGGGGCUUGGGGUGUGGGAGGGCUGCUGCUGACCCCUCCCCCUGUUGCCCCCUCCCAAUUUGGGGUGGGGGGAGCGGUGCCGGGCUGGUGGGGGCUGGGGACCAAGACUGUGAGCCCCCCCAAACCCGAGCCCCCCCCAGCCCCACAACUCCCCCCCCAAAUUUCCCCCCCCCGUGCCCCCAGCAACGCCUCCUCCCCUUCCCCUCCUGCCCCCCCUUUUCUUUCCUUGCCCCCUCCCCCUUUUUCUCCCCCCCUCCCCCUUUUUCUGCCCCCCCCCCCCUUUCUUCCCCCCCCUCCCCCCAGCUGCUGUGGGGGGGCAGCAGGGGUUGGGGGGAGAACCCCUCCCUCCCCCCUGCUCCCCCCUUUCCCUCCCCCCCUCCCCUGGGGGGGGGAGGGGCAAAACCGGGCCCCCACCCCCCUCUCCUCUUCUUGAGGGGCGGGGGGGGGGCCGGGGGGCGCUGCCCCCGCGCGGAUUUUGAUAAAACACGAAUAAAAAA